GGUAGAAAAUUAUGUUAAUUAUCAUAAUCGAUAUUUAGAGAGAUAUAUACAGAUUUAAUAUUGAUGAUAUCUUUAGGGGAAGUCAUUUGAUUGCUUAAUUAAACCAGAAUUUUUUAGAUUUUUUUCUGUAGAAUAAGAAAUUGCUUUUGUUCUCAUACAUCUGAAAGGUUUGUGAAUUCAUUUAGUUUGGUAAAUUAUUUUAGAAAAUAUUGUUGCGAGUUGUGUGACUAGCUUUUUAAAGGUUCUUGAAUGGUAUUUUGUGGCUAUCUUACUCUGUCUGUAGACUGUCUUUUUGAAUAUCCAUUUUUUUCUUUUCAGUAAUAUUAAACAAAAUUUUGUUCCUUUUCGCAAUAAUGCAUUGAACCUACUGAGUACACUAACAUUGAAGGAUUGUAGGUAGUAUUAUAUCUUAUGUUUGCCCGCAGUGUAAGAGUGUAAAAGUCAGGAAAGAAACUCUUGGAUAUCUGAACAUAACAUGAACCUUCACUUCGGCUAGUCCGGUAUAAAGUAAUGAAUAAUAGAACAAUAGUGUCCAUAGAGAGUCCAUAACAAGUAGAAAUUUAAAACAGGGGUCGGACUCUGUGGAGAUGGGAUACAAGGUGGUAAAAGCCCCUUUAGUAUCUGUCGAUCGCCUUUGAGAAACGGUAUUCUACGCAUGGCGUCAAACAUCCUCUAGGUUUUGAUGGGCAACACUUUUCACCAUAAGAAAUGAAUAAAUGAAAUUAUCAGAAAAUUUUAAAAAGGCCAUCAUCGCCGAUAAUAACUUGUUGUAAAAUAGAUUUUAUUCCAGGCUUGUCAUCUGGAAUGGCAAUACAAUAUGCUGUUUUUAUAUUAUUAUGACAGCAGACAUUUGGUUUAGUGCCAAUCUAAUAUCAGGGGGAAAUUCAUUUCAUUUUACAUGGCUGGGUUGGAAAUUCCCUGCUUGCAGUUUGCAGUUGGCGGAAUGCAGUUUUAGACGCCUUGGCUCGAUAACAAAGGGCCCCCGACCUAAAGGACGCCCAAAUAAUUUUUUAUAUCCAUGUUUAUAUCCAAAGUUUUGCUCAGGUUUGACUCAUUUGCAAACUCCGUUACUCCACUGCCUGUGUGACGUUUUGCACUGUCUUUACAUAACAUAGCAAAUUUAAACGUUGUCCGUAUACAUAAAUGGUAUAUAAUGAUAUAUCCGUAUGUAUUUUAUUACACGAAAGAUAUAUUAAAGUAUGCUAUUUUAUAUGGAAGUAUAUUUUUUUGUUUUCGUUAUCAUUUUAGUUGUUUAAGUUUAACCAUUAUAAUUAUUUCCAAAAUCUUUGCGUCAUAUCAAAAUUAUUUCACGUUUUGUCACCUUGUCAGGUAAAAAAAAUCAAGGUCUUAGGGUGUAGAAGACUUUUUAUGCGACUCAGAACACAGUUUGGUUUCCUGCUCGGUAAACCCAGUUCUUUCAAAUUAUAAGAAUAUUGCAUGCCUUGAAAAUGAAAUUUUUUUCAACCUUACAAAACUUGAUUGCUUUAAUGUUGACAAAACAGCACACACACGUUUGGAAUAUUUCACCGUCAGUUUUGGGUUAGGGAUCUGUUUGUUUUCUAAACUACAAACAUACCUAACUGCACAUUGCCCCUGUGCAUAGAAACUAGCUUUCAGCUCAUAGGAGACAAGGCGGUAUCAGUCAGCAAUUUUCAAUAUUUCAAAUGCCUUUGAAUUCCACCUCAGAGUUAUAUUAUUCUCUUACCUUAAAAAUUCAAAUAUAUUGAACAUGUUUACAGCUGAGAGAAACUAAAAUCUUAAUAAUCGAUUUGCUCAAAUUACCAAAUAUUUUGCUUCUUAGCAGGUUGGUCUCGUUCACUGACGUAAAAUGUAGCAAACAGAAACAUCUGUAAUCGUCACACCUCAAAUGCAAAGCCGUCCAGUUUAUGAACGGAAAGAACACAUCUCUCUGAUCUCAUGUGAAAACUUGAGAGGAUUCUACUGUUUUUAGGUAAGUUCUUCCAUAUCACUUCUAUUAUCCUGUUUAUCUGCUGUGGUUCACUUUAUCAUACUACAAAGAGUUCAACACAAGCCACAAACUUAACAUUCGUCAAGGGUUCCAACAUUACAGUUCGUUUAAACUCAAGUAUAUUUGCCCAAAUUGCUUCGUUUUGUUAGAAUAAAGAACUGCAGAUAUGAUCUUGCAAAAAGCGGGGAAAGGCAACAUUUUUGAAUAAAUGAUCAUGUACAAAGUCAUUUUUGAAAAAAUUUACACAAAACUUUAAGCUGUGAUUUUCAAUUUACUUUCUAGUUCCAAACAGCGAGCAGGCUGGGUUGCAGAAUUUGUAGACCACGAAAAGCCACAUGCCACAUCAUUUCAAUGUACUUUUGCUUGCAUUGUUUUCGAUGUAACAAGCAAAAGUUCAACUGAAACAACAGAUUUGUUUGCUUUCAAUAGGAGGACACGGUCUGCUAGAUUAUUGUUUGUUUUCAAGUUUGUUUAAACUCCCUGAGUUAGUGCAUGGCUGCAUUAGAACACUGCAGGAUGGCGAUGCUACAUGCAACUGUGCUUUGCCUCUGCACAACCUUGGUGCUUGGGAACGAAAUUGUUUAUCCAUUUGCUAUUAACAAUGGAGAACAGAAAAGAGAAUUAUUCACUGGCAAGAGUGGUGUACCUCACGCCGAUGAAGUGAUGUUCCAGCUGGACAGAAAAGGCGGCCCGAUGAUUCUAGAGAUGAAAAGAAAUGCUGGAUUUCAUGCAAAGAGAAUCGUGAUGAGAACGUUUGAAGAUGAUGGAACACCAAAGAUUGAGCAGCAUUCACCUGAUGGUUGCUAUUACAGUGGAAAAGUAGCUUACAAAGAGGAUUCAAAUGUUCUGCUAGAUACCUGUGAUGGAUUAAGAGGAACAAUUGAAGAUGAAGGCAAGGUUUUUAGCAUUGAACCUCUUGAAAAUGUAAAGGUCACUGGUGCUCAUGUUAUUCGUGAAGUUGUGCCUGAUAAGGAUGAUCUUAACAAACGGAUGCUUGGAAUCCAUCCUUUCAAUAAUGAUUUUGUGGAAGUGGAGAAUGAUGAGAGUUAUGACACUGUUUCGGCGACGAUGGAUGAAGCGAAUGAUGAGGUUUUACUGAAAGAGCAAAUAGUUCCAGAUAUUGAUCCUGUUUAUGCCAAGUAUCCUGCUACGAACAAGACACGCUAUUGCGAGAUGCUAUUGGUCAUUGAUAAUGCCAUUUAUGUUAGGAACAACAGAAGCAAAGAAAUGGUGCUUUUAAGAAUGCUAAAGAUGAUGCAAACAGCUGAUAGUGUGUUUGCAGCUAUCAAUGUUCGCCUUGUUUUGGUAGGCAUAGAAAUAUGGACUGACAAAAAUAAGAUCCCCUACGUUGAAACCGGUGGUGGGCAGUUAAGUGUAUUUACGAAGUAUAUCAACACGAACCUGACUGACCUGGUCAGGUAUGAUGCUGCACAUUAUAUGAGUUCAAGAAGCUGGGUUAAGGGCGUGAUAGGGUACGCUGGUGUUGGAAACAUGUGUGGAAGGAAUCCUGCUACGGCUAUCAACGUGUGGUCAUUCAGAAGCUUGACCGGAACCCAUGAUGUACUCUCGCAUGAACUUGGUCAUAAUUUUGGAUUUGGGCACGAUGCUCCAUCUUGCAAAUGUUUAACAUCACGAGGAUGUAUGAUGGGUGGACCAAAAUCCCGUAGAAUUGGAUUUUCUGACUGUAACAUGAGGGAAUUUUCAAGAAGAUCAUAUCAUUGCUUAAAUAAUUAUCCAUUCGGUUCAUUGGAUAACGUGUGUGGCAAUGGCAUUAUUGAGGGCUCUGAAGAGUGUGACUGUGGAUCUCCAGAGAUGUGUAAGAAACAUGAUAAGUGUUGUGAACCGAAUGGAUGCAAACUGAAACGGUCAGCUCAGUGCAGUGAUUUUAGCACCCCUGACUGCUGUGAUAAUUGCCUGUUUAAAUUGCAAGGAACAUUGUGUCGCCAGUCGCAAAAUGGCUGUGACCUGCCCGAGUAUUGUCCUGGAAAUGCUGCUACGUGUCCAGGUGAUCUGUAUAUGGCAGAUGGAUCUCAGUGCAGCAAUGGAGUUUCGCUUUUACCAGGCAGCCGUGAUCAUUGGAGAUCGUAUUAUGUAAACCUCAAACCUCCAAUCCAAGCACGAUAUUUGCGAAUUAAUCCAGUUUAUUGGAAACCAGAGAGUUACGCUUGCAUUAGAACAGAAGUUCUCACGUGCUCUGCUGAUGAAGAAACUCUUAGCAAGCCGCAGCCAAUUUCAACCAGGAAUCUUUACUAUUCGCGCUAUUUUUGUGUGGCACCGGAAAGCACCUCUUGUUCAGAGAGCGCAGCCAAAGAUGUCAGGCUUAUAUUCAAAACUGAACGUAACGGAGAUUGCAACCAACCCAAUCUUCUGUUUUCACUUGAGAAAGACGGAACUCUUCGUCACAACUGCAGUGGAAAAGUUGUAUGCCCUAUAUCGUCAGGAAAUCUAGUUUUGAAGAAGGAUUGCCCUGGAGGAAAUGGUCAAUACGAGAGACUACCUAACUUUGGAUUGAGACACAGAACAACUGGAUCCUGCGCAGAAGCACAUGACGCCUUGCCGCGAGACGGUAGCCAGCUGAUAUUGAGAGACACAAAGGAUUGCAAUGGUUAUGAUGAUAGAACCAAACUGCAUUUUCUUGAAGCAGACUGUAUCUUGCCGGUUGGCUUUGAAAAUCGAAAAUUACCUGAUUCUGCGCUGUCUGCAUCAUCACACCACCAAUUACACCCUGCUCAAGAGGCGAGGCUUUGGACUGGCCGUGGUUGGUGCCUUCCUUCCAAAACAUCAGGCAAGAAAGAGUAUCUUCAGAUUGACCUAGGAGCUGUUAAAACCAUUGCUAACCUUAAAGUACAAGGAGCAGCAAGAACUUGGAUAACACGUCUACGACUGUACUACUCUAACAAUGCUCAAGAUUGGACAGGGUAUGCAUCAAAUGAUGAUCAAGACAACAAAACAAUGUCCUAUUGCUACAAAGGCGAUUGUAUGGAAUCAAGGAGCACACAGUGUAAAAAUCUCUGGGACCCAGCAACGAAUGUCGCCAAUGAUUCUUGUUGGAAGAAGUUGAACACAGAGGCACAAGGAUAUGGAACCUGUGAUCCUUUGACUAACAAAUCAUGCGCACCACAGGACAUAUUCUGUGGACAGUUGCAAUGCUCUUCACCGGAAUCAUCACCUUCACAUCAAAAGUAUGGCACUGUUUACAAACAAUUCAUUCUAAAUGGAACAAAAUGCAGUGCCGCCAGUAUAACAAUACCAGGCUCUGCAAGCAACGAUGAAGUAGGCCAAGGAAUGGUUGCUGAAGGAACAAAAUGCGGAGACAAUAAGGUGUGUUCUAAUUACAAGUGUAAAUCAUUUUCGGAGCUCAAUAUCACUUCAUGUGGUCUAGUCAACGGAGUUAGCUGUGCUGGUAGAGGAAUUUGCAACAACAAAGGUAGAUGCCACUGCAAUGGAGGAUUUGAUCCAAAGACAAACUGUGAGAAAGUUUUGACACCUGAUGAUGGCAACUGGGGUCAGUGGAAUCAAUGGUCCUCGUGUUCUGCGGCUUGCGCAGGUGGAAGGAGAAGUAGAUCAAGGUUUUGCGAUAGCCCUUUUCUGGCACACGGAGGCAAAACGUGCCCGGGUGUAGGAAACGAAGAAGCAAUUUGCAACUCAGAAAAGUGUCCUAAGGCAGAAUCAUGCAAAAUUUUGAUGGGAAAACUCCAAGCAAGUGGUAAACCAAUGGUCGAUGGAGUCUAUGAUAUAACACUGCCUGAUGGUUCACUGAUGAAAAUGUAUUGUGACAUGACACGUGAUGGUGGUGGAUGGACAUUGGUCGUAUCCAGCCAUAUAAAUGACUGGACAACAUCAGAGAUGGUGAGAGAAAGAAAUAAAGAUCACCCAAGCAUGUACAAAGACUAUUCGAUUCUAAAAUAUGUCGAUCAAAUCAAGGACAACUACAAAAUUGACGAUAAAAACUUCGAGUAUAGAUUAGAGGCACAUAGAAGAGGGCAGUGGGGUGGCAUUUGGUCAGCUCCUACAUCCUACAGAGUUAACGGCAUGUCUCCUUCACAGACAAAUGUCAUUCUGCUGAAGAGAUUUAACAAUUGGUCAUACAGUGGGAUAGGAAUAGCCCAGAGAAUGCCAUACAUUAUUGGAAACAGGUUAACAAUGCAGACAAAUCAUUGGGGGUCUAUUACAGGGAAUAUCUCGUCAGCUCACCCAGCGCCGUGGAUUAAUGGUCAUUUGACAGAAAGGGAGCCUGAACACAUUUGGUAUUGGGUUCGUGAGGGAAAGCACAGUGUCCCAUCUUCAUGCAUGGAAAUAAAGUUACGCUCUAUAACACAUGGAAAGAAAGCAAAAUCUGGACUUUACGAGAUACAGAAUUUGGAAGGAAAGAAAGCUUUGAGUACUUUCUGUGAUAUGGAAAGUUUUGGCGGUGGAUGGACGAUGGUUUUGAGCAAAGUUUCAAACAAUGGAUGGACUAAAGAGACAACUCUUUCAAGAAACACCCUCAAUGCAUCAAAAGAUAAUGAUUACUCGAUUCUGUUUCACUCUCAAGAAAUUUUAGGCCUUCGAAAAGAAGAGACCAAAUUCCAAUACAUGAUUGAGGCUGAAGGAGUGAAAAAAUGGGGCGGUGUUUUUGAAGGACACAACAGCGAUGGACUGAUAGCAUGCACCCCGAGUAAAUAUAAGCCACGACUGGUUGAGAAAUUUGACAGCUGGGACGAGCAGAAAAGCAAUUUGAUGUCAAGCAAUCCAUAUGUAGUUGACAACCCUGCUUCGUAUUUGACAACAUCUCGAAAAAUACUUCCUGGAACUGAUGGUGUGCUUGUCUCUGAAACAGACUCUAACUUUAUAAAAGGAUCUAUGGAGAAGCCGAGAUUUGUCAGAUUGUGGAUCCGUGAAGGCUCAAGCCAAGGUUCAUGCAAUCAAAUAAAACUGGGAGGUGAGAGAAACGGUGCAGUGUACAAGACUGGUUAUUAUACUAUUGAGGCAACUGGUGCUAAUAUUCUGACAGUAUACUGUGACAUGGAGUCGGGCCCUGGAGCGUGGACUCUUCUGGUCACAAGCACAAGCAACAAAUGGACCGCGUCACAGGUUCUUUCCCGCAAUGAAGAUUUUCCUUCCAUUUCGAAUGAUUACUCUAUUUUGCACGUUGCCGACAGUAUUAAGAAUUUAUCAAACAACGCCACAUUCAAGUACAAAUUGGAAGCACGCACGUUUAAUCAUUGGGGUGGUAUUUGGGCUGCACCAAGAGAAUACACCUUCCUGAGUAAAUCAAACAAGCAAAGUCAGGUUACGUUGUUAACUCAGUUUGACGACUUGCGAAGCAGUGUGAAAAACCGAAUGCCUUGGUUGGGUAAUGGAAACGGGUUGCUGACGACUGCAGAUUCUUCAUCCAGCUCGUGGUGGGGAACGAUCGUAGCCAGAAACGAUGAAUACAGACCAGCUCCAUGGAUAUAUCCAGUCAUGAUUAAUCCUGGUACAAUCUGGUAUUGGGUUAAUGAAGACGAUUGCGAUCCGGAUCGCAUGCCAGUUGAUGGUGGCCUGACAAAAUGGAGUAGUUGGACACAGUGCACAUCAUUCUGCUCACAGGGAACACAGGAGAGAUUAAGGUCAUGUUCUGCACCAAAACCAAGAUGUGGUGGAGCCGUGUGCGAUCCGAACAAAGCAAGAAGGGAAAUUAGAAACUGCACCGGAAAGUGCCUGUCGAGUCCAAUUCGUAGCUUCGAUGAAAAACACUGUGUUCUGCCGGAGACUGGAGGCUGCAGCCCGGAUGACUCUACUGAAUUGAUUUGGAAAAGUGGCAGUGAGAAAUGCGAUCUUCCGGAGGCUCAGUUUAUUUUUGAUCCAAAUUAUGGAAGCUUUGUUCACAAAUGCAGCGGAAAGCCUGUUUGUCCAAAGGGAAACAUUCAGCACCUCACCCGUUUGCAAAUAAACUCAAAUUGUCCGAAAAUGGCCUUGAAGAAACGAUUUACAAGAACACCGUUUGGAACAAUCCAUUUCAGUCACAUUUGUAUUCACCCGGACGGAGCAUGGCCUAGGGAUAACAUGAAACUGGUUUUCUGGAGCGGCUGUCGCGGUGAUAGGCUGAAGCUGAGUCUAUACAAAAUCGAACAUGGUCCAGUUCAUGUAGACGUUUGGUUCAAUAUAAAUAUUGUAAAUAGGCGUAUGGCCGACUUGACUAGCGACACAAGAUUUCCAAGCAACCCAACAACAUCUGGAUACUUGGACAAUUUCGACUCUCCUUAUUCUCUUGGCAGUAAUUACGGGUUGCGCCUAUGGAGCUACUUUGCAGCACCAGAAAGUGGAAUGUAUACAUUCUAUGCAGCAUGCGACGACUUUUGUCAGAUAUUCCUCAGUCCUACUGUUUACGAGAAAGAUAAGAAAAAAAUCAUCGAUGUACAAGGCUCGACAUUACUCUACCAGUAUGACAGACAAACGAGUCAGAAAUCUAAGAAGAUUCAGCUAGAGGCAGGAAAGCUAUACUAUUUGGAAGGACUUCUCUUGGAAAUGGGUGGUGGUGAUUUUUUGAGCGUUGCUGUCGAUCUUCCAAGUGGAAAGAAAUUGAUCCCGCUUUCGUAUUAUUAUCUGAGAGCCAAGGCUGAGUCUUGAGAUGGUUAACUAAAUUUGGCCAAGAAAUCAUCCAAGGACUUUUCAUUAGUUCCUUUUUAUUGAUCAUUUUGACUUUUAUUUAAAUUCUUAUUUGGGGGUGUUAAUUUUUUGGCAAAGUUUAAUGGCAACGAGCCUUGGCUGAAAAAUGCAAUUUAAUCAUAGAAUAGAAUUAGGUUAGUGUUUGGUAUUAUCUCAACAGUAAUUAAUGCGGUAACUUCACGAAACAGGCUUUUGGUAGUCACUGUAAAACCGACAAUUAUAGAUCAAAUAAAAGUCACAUUUGUAGAUGUCACAUUUGUUACAAAAUGAGUGAAACAUCCUUUUUUUGCCGAAACGUUUGAAAAUUCACCGAGAAACCACCCUCGAUGGCAAAAAAUCUUGUUUUAAAGUUUUCAGUUGCAAUUUUCAACUGUAUAUCUGGAGGUUUAAUAUCUAUUAAAUUCAUACUAACUGCAUGGCUCUGAUGUGUGUUCUCGUCUUGGUAAUGGUAUAUUUACGAAAAGGUCUUUCGUAAAAGUAUAAAACUUCCCUAAUAUUCCCCAAUUCCCAUACUAUAUAUUCUCCGAUUCCCCACUAUUCUCCGUCUCUUUUUGCCGAUUC